AUCAUCAAAAUACGUACUUUCAUUUGGAGUUCAUUAGUUUGUGUUUAUUUUGUCUGGAUAACUAAUCUUAUCGGCAGACUACGCCAGACACAAACACAAACCGUCGAAACGCUUAUAAAACUACGAAAAUGCUGCGAACAAAGAUUCACAUAGUUUUAAGUGCAAUCGGUGUAUUUUUAGGAUUGUCAGCAUUUAUAUGUUUUUGCAUUGUUUACGCUAACAUAGAGGCUGGAAUGUGGGCGUUAUUAUCCGGUAUCCAUGCCGGCUUGACCCUGAUGCUGCAUUGUCACUACCUGAAGGACUCUCUCCAUGUCAACUUCUCCCGCAAAGCGCUCCAAUACAUUGGAGACUUUGGCAUGUUUGGCCUCAUUGCUGGAAUAGCCCUUACGCUGUUCUAUAUUUUUCUGGAGAUCUAUUAUGGAGCUGAUGUAAUGCCAAUAGACACCAGUAUAGUAAUCCGUAUGGUGUGGUCGUUCAUGAUGAUGAAAUGGGGCGGUAUGCUGUACUACUUCACCAGGUCCUACUUGCGGACGUACAACGAUCAUCAGCUGUUCUCGGAAGCUCAUAUUGAGGAGACGUAAGCAUGUGAGUGUUUUUACUGUUUUUAGGGAGUUGGUGUUUUUCUUUAUAAUCUUAGGAAUAUUAAGGUGAGUAUAGUCAGAGUAACAUGAGAAGAUAUUUUAGACAUAUGUUUACUCUUAUAUUUGUGAAGCGAAAACUUUCAGUCAAUUUAUAUA